GCCGGAGUACCCCUUUAAAGAUAGUCAAAGUCAUAAUACACAGGAUCACAUAUACAGAAACUAAGGAAAGGUUGGUGCAGUACAGACAAACAGAGGCAAGGACUGAGUGGAAAGGAAUGGUAUUUAUGUACCUUGGAUGAGCGUGGACCCCGAAACCAAUUCCACAAGUUCUAAGUCCAAGCAUACUGACUCACCCGGGCAUCGUCCCAGCAACGCACAAUGCCAUAGAAAACCUAGGAAAAAAUUGCCCCUGAACACCAAACCUGGUCCAACUCAUAACAUGUACACUGGUCAAAAAAAUAAAGGCAACACUUAAACAACACAAUGUAACUCCAAGUCAAUGACACUUCUGUGAAAUCCCACUGUCCACUCAGGAAGAACACUGAUUGACAAUCAAUUUCAUAUGCUGUUGUGAAAAUGAAACAGACAACAGGUGGAAAUUAUAAGCAAUUAGCAAGACACCCCCAAUAAAGGAGUGGUUCUGCAGGUGGUGACCACAGACCACUUCUCAGUUCCUAUGCUUCCUGGCUGAUGAUUUGGUCAUUUUGGAAUGCUGGCGGUGCUUUCACUCUAGUGGUAGCAUGAGACAAAGUGUACAACCCGCACAAGUGGCUCAGGUAGUGCAGCUCAUCCAGGAUGGCACAUCAAUGCGAGUUGUGGUAAGAAGGUUUUCUGUGGCGGUCAGCGUAGUGUCCAGAGCAUGGAGGCGGUAUCAGGAGACAGGCCAGUACAUCAGGAGACGUGGAGGAGGCCAUAGGAGGGCAACAUCCCAGCAGCAGGACCGCUACAUCCGCCUUUGUGCAAGGAGGAGCAGGGGGAGCACUGCAAGAGCCCUGCAAAAUGACCUCCAGCAGGCCACAAAUGUGAAUGUGUCCACUCAACCAGUCAGAAACAGACCCCAUGAGGGUAGUAUGAGGGCCCAACGUCCACAGGUGGGGGUUGUGCUUACAGCCCAACACGUGCAUGAUGUUUGGCAUUUGCCAGAGAACACCAAGAUUGGCAAAUUUUCCACUGGCACCCUGUGCUCUUGAAAGCAGGUUCACACUGAGCACUUGUGACAGACGUGACAGAGUCUGGAGACGCUGUGGAAAACAUUCUGCUGCCUGCAACAUCCUGACCGGUUUGGCGGUGGGUCAGUAAUGGUGUGGGGUGGCAUUUCUUUGGGGGGCCGCACAGCCCUCCAUGUGCUUGCCAGAGGUAGCCUGACUGCCAUUAGGUACCAAGAUGAGAUCCUCAGACCCCUUGUGAGACCAUAUGCUGGUGCGGUUGGUCCUGGGUUCCUCCAAAUGCAAGACAAUGCUAGACCUUAUGUGGCUGGCGUGUAUCAGCAGUUCCUGCAAGAGGAAGGCAUUGAUGCUAUGCACUGGCCUGCCCGUUCCCCAGACUUGAAUCUGAUUGAGCACAUCUGAGACAUCAUGUUUCGCUCCAUCCACCUAUAGAGUUGGGGGAUGCUUUAGUCCAGGUCUGGGAGGACAUCCCUCAGGAGACCAUCCUCCACCUCAUCAGGAGCAUGCCCAGGUGUUGUAGGGAGGUCAUACGGGCACGUGGAGGCCACACACACUACUGAGCCUCAUUGGGACUUGUAUAAGGACAUUACAUAAAGUUGGAUCAGCCUGUAGUGCGGUUUUCCACUUUGAUUUUGAGUGUGACUCCAUAUCCAGACCUCCAUGGGUUGAUAAAUUUGAUUUCCAUUGAUAAUUUUUGUGUGAUAUUGUUGUCAGCGCAUUCAACUAUGUAAAGACGAAAGUAUGUGGCAAUGGCUUGAAGAUUUGAAAGGAACUCUAGUUACCCAUAAACUUUGAGCACUUUCACAACUUUUUCACUUCCACUUGAUUAUGACGUUCUUGGUUUUUGUUUUUUGCAUUUUCUGUUUUUCUCCUUUCUUUUUGUUCAAUUUUGGAUUUUAUUUCAAUAUAGGAAAAUGAUGAGACUUGUCUACCCAGCUAUUUAACAUAGCUAUUUAACUCCAGAUGUUGUCGUUGGCUGUCCGGGCUUGCCGGGAGUUGUAGUUUUGAAAUAGCAGGAUGUUCACAGUUGGGAGACCACUGCUCUAUAUGCUUCCUGAAAUGUUGAAUUAUAUUGUUCUGCAUUUCCUGUUUUGUCUAUUAAUAAAAUGAAAAAUAAAAUAAAAAAAACUUUAUCAUUUCAUUGGGGCCAGCAGAGAAAAUGUUUCCUUGGUCCAAAAAGUCUAUUUAUAGUUUUACAGUCCUCUUCUGGUAUGGUGAAGCAUGAGCCCUAAAGAUAUUGGGGUAGACCUAAAGUUCUAUGGCUGUAUGGGUCCACUACUGAUCAAUACUGCCAACUAGUUUGAAAGUUCCUUGGGGGAAUUUGUAAAUAUUCCCAUUUACCUGAGUAACAUACAUCUUGGGCCCUUGUUGAGCUCUUCAGGGGGCAGCUUAGGCCUCAUUCACAUUGCCGUCGCACUAUGCUAUUCAGAGUUCCAGCAACAAUCCGGCCAGAAGGACGGGAGUUUAGCAAAGAAAAAAAUAGUGCAAGCACUAUGUUUUUUCUCCGCUUAAAUCUUGUAAGAUUAUCGGGUUACCGACCACAUGCAAGUGAAUAUGGUCCAUCAUGACCCGUUAGUAGCCAUUUGCAUCUGAUCCGUUUUAGGGUCCGAUCUGCUCAUUAAAAAAAAAAAGACCCAAUCGGACCCUCAAUGGGUUGAUGCAAACGGCCGUGUAAACCUAGCAUUACAGGUCAUACUGAGGACUAUAAUUGUUUUUUUGUAUCAUAUAAAUAAGGUUAAGUAGAGGGUGCAGAGGUUACAGCUACACCUAGACCCAGGGAAUGAGGAAGCAAUACAACUCAGCUCGUUUAUCCAAUCAUUUGAUGCCUCUGCCUCUUUAAGAACAACAAAGCAGACAAGUAAUUCUUUAAAUUAUAAGGAAUAGGUGACCAUUAGGCCCAGGAAUGUCCAGUGCCAGAAGGGUUGUUGGGGCAGACAAAAUAUUCCACAAGCCAUUGUACAACAAUCAUGGUGACCUUGAAUAGGAAAGGUUACACAUAGUGUCCAGUUUCGCUUUUCCUGUAUCUCUGGUAAUUGUGACAAUGGGCUAUGAUGGGAAGAGGAAUAUUAACAUAAAUUACACUUUAUAAACCCAUAAUACAGGAUUCUUCAAAUGCAUUGAUGUCACAAUGUAAACCUGUUCAAAUAUAACACAAUGAAACAUCAAAUGUAACAUGAAAUCUCUGUAGACGUCUUCAAACAUGGAAAAAAAUUAUCAUUGUAUAUAGGGGACAACCCAACCAUUAGGGCAAUGCCCAAAUGCCCAUGGCCAGAGGGGGUCCAUACUUACAUAGUUUAUAAAGUUCAAAAAAGACCAGAGUCCAUCAAGUUCAACCUAUCUCCCUAAUGAGUCCCUAUUGAGUUGAUCCAGAGGAAGGCAAAAAAACCCUCAUACUAGAAGUAAAAAUUCCUUCCCGACUCCAAAUAUGGCAUCAGAAUAGAUCUCUGGAUCAACGUUCUGUCGCUAUAAAUCUACUAUCCAUAACCUGUAAUGUUAUUAUUCUCCAAAAAAGCAUCUAGAUCCUUUUGAACUCUUUUACCAAGUUCACCAUGACCAUGUCCUCCGGGAGAAAAAUCCACAGUCUCACUGCUCUUACAGUAAAGAACCCCCAUCUGUGCUGGUGUAGAAACCUUCUUUCCUCUAGACGUAGAGGAUGCCCCCUUGUUAUAGAUACAGUCCUGGGUAUGAAUAGAUCAUGGAGAGAUCUCUGUACGGUCCCCCAAUAUAUUUAUACAUAGUUAUUAUGUCUCCCCUAAGCCUUCUUUUUUUUAAACUAAAUAACCCUCAGUUAUAAGUCCUCUAUUUCCCCUUUUUACUCUGGUUGCCCGUCUUUGAACCCUCUCCAGCUCCACUAUAUCUUUUUGUACACUGGUGCCCAGUAUUGUACAAAGUAUUUCAUGUGGGCCAGGCAUAGCUCAAGGGUGUAGCUAUAGAAAGACGAAGAAGAAAGUGUUGCAUUUGGACCCUGGUGUCUUGGGAUCUUUUCGACUGAAGGCAUCUGGACAGAACAGGACAACCGUCUAGACAUCUGCUGUGUAACCAAAGAACUUUUGUAGCCUUAAUAAAUUUGCGUUAUGUUCUCUCGGUUAUGACUACCGGGACCACCAAUCUUUUUUUUUUUUUUAAAUAUAUAUAUAUAUAUAUAUAUAUAUAUAGAUAGUGAUACCCCAGACUAGCUUUACAUUGAAAGUUAUAGGUAAAUAUAACACGUGGUUAUGGUUUCCUGGGGGUGGAUUGGGAUGGGGGUGGGGGCUUCACUGUCUACAUAUGGAUUGGCCCCACCCCCAGCUCUAUGGGAUUUAUAAAAAUCCUCCUCGGCACGUGUCCUAGAAGAAUUGAACAACCUGUUCACCAAGAUCAUGGAGCUCCGCUUGGUGCUGCUGCUGUGUUUGGCCAGUUGUCCUGUCAGUCAAGCUCUUCCAGUACCGGCGACUGGAGGAAAUGGUCAAGAUGAUCAGACGGACUUUAGGCCGGUGUCCGAGAUAAUAGAAGAAAUAAACAGAGAUACCUCUGUUCUGAUUACUGAAGGUGACAUUAGACCUAACCUUGACCACGGUGUGACAAAAUGUACAAGAUGCUUGUGGAUAAAGUCCCAGGAUGGAAAAGUUCGAGUCCCAUAUAUUGCCCCCUCGCCCACAUACGAGGAUUUCGAGAGAUCAAUGUUUAUUUCGGCUAUGAAGGAAUUUGAGGUGAUGACCUGCGUACAGUUUGUCAACAGAAGCACCGAGAAUGAUUAUCUGAGUAUAGUAGAUGGACCUGGCUGCUGGUCAUAUGUUGGGAAGAUCGGGGGUAAACAGAACGUUGGACUCUCUAUGGCCGGAUGUAUCAAGUACAAUCUCAUACAACAUGAACUCCUGCACGCUCUGGGCUUCUAUCACGAACACACCAGGAGUAAUCGAAAUGACUACAUUGACAUAAUGUGGCAGAAUAUUUUUCCAGGUGAUCAGCCCUAUUUCCACUUGGAUCAUGGGAAUAUCCAGGACACGCCUUAUGAUUACAAUUCUAUUUUGCAUUAUGCUAAGAGCGCUUUCAGCAUUGUACCUGACCAACCAACCAUGGUACCAAAACCUGACCCCAACGUCCCUAUGGGACAGGCAAUAGGACUGGAUAAUCUGGAUGUGAUGAAGAUCAACAAAAUGUAUAACUGCAAUCUGUGUAGACAGAAGCUUAUUACACCAGGGUUUUCCACGUAUGACUCCACCUCCUCAGGACAAGGAGGAGCUUAUUGCCUCUAUCUCAUCCAAUCCACCCUGAAGGUUCUCCUGCAGCUCAGUGGCCUCAAUAUCUCCUCAUCUCGUCUCUGUAGUAAUUCCUACAUUAAAGUCUAUGAUGGAGUCAGUCAGUCCUCGCCGGUCCUGCUGGACAAGACAUGUGGAAGCAGACCGAUCCCACCGCUGAUAUCAUCUGGAAGCUUCAUGCUCAUAGAGAUUGUGAACAACCAACCAUCGGCUCUGAGCAGAUUCAAUGCUUCCUAUGAAACAGUGAGAUACGGAGGAACCUAUGUGACAGAUAACGGAGUGGUGACAUCUCCACGAUUUGCUAGUUCUUAUCCCAGCAAUGUGAGUGUUGUCUACAGCAUCAUAGCCCCCAAAGGAUAUAAGGUGUCUCUAACCUUUCAAUUCUUCACAACACAAAUUUCAUCAACCUGCUCCACGGACUAUCUGGUCAUUAAUGACGGACCCUCAAGGAUGUCCCCGAUUCUGGGCACAUACUGUGGAUCUAUUAGUGUACCUCUUUCAGUAGUGUCUACCGGGAAUGUGAUGCUUCUCCAGUUCCACAGUGAGAAAAGUAUUAGUCAGAAUGGAUUUGAUGCUCAAUAUAGGUUUGAUAUUAUCAAAGUUUGUGAUAUGGACUUUAGGCCGGUGUCCGAUAUAAUAGAGGAAGUCAACAAAGAUGCUUCUGUUCCACUUUUGGAAGGUGACAUUAGACCUCGCCUUGCCCGCAGUGCAACAAAAUGUACAAGAUGCUUCUGGAUAAAGUCCCAGGAUGGAAGAGUUCGAGUCCCAUAUACUGCCCCCUCCUCCACAUACACGAAUUUCGAGAAAUCAAUGUUUAUUUCGGCUAUGAAGGAAUUUGAGGUGAUGACCUGCGUACAGUUUGUCAACAGAAGCACCGAGAAUGACUAUCUGAGUAUAGAGGAUGGAUCGGGCUGUUGGUCAUAUGCGGGGAAGAUGGGGGGUAAACAGAUAGUGAGUCUCUCUAUGGCCGGGUGUAUAAAGUACAAUCUCAUACAACAUGAACUCAUGCACGCUCUGGGCUUCUACCAUGAAUUCACAAGAAAUGACCGGGAUGACUACAUAGACGUCAUGUGGGACAACAUUUCUCCAGGUGAUCAGCACAUUUUCUUCUUGGAUAAUGGGAAUACCCAGGACAUUCCUUACGAUUACAAUUCUAUUGUGCAUUAUACAAAGUACGCUUUCAGCAGUGUAUCUGGCCAACCAUCCAUGGUCGCAAUACCUGACCCCAACGUCACUAUGGGACAGGCGAUAGGACUGGAUAAUCUGGAUGUGAUGAGGAUUAACAAAAUAUACAAUUGCAGUCUGUGUAGACAGAAGCUUAUUACACCAGGAUCUUCCACAUAUAACUCCACCUCAUCAGGACAGGGAGGAGCAUAUUGCCUCUAUCUCAUCCAAUCCACCCUUAAGGUUCUCCUGCAGAUCAGUGGCCUCAAUAUCCCGUCAUCUCCGAACUGUAGUAAUUCCUACAUUAAAGUCUAUGAUGGAGUCAGUCAGUCCUCACCUGUCCUGCUGGACAAGACAUGUGGAAAUGUAUCAGUCCCACCGCUGGUAUCAUCUGAAAGCUUCAUGCUGAUAGAGAUUGUGAACAAUCAAUCAUUGGCUCCAAGCACCUUUACAGCUUCCUAUGAAACAGUGAGAUACGGAGAAACCUAUGUGACGGAUACCGGAGUGGUGACAUCUCCAGGAUUUUCCAGUUUUUAUCCCAGUUUUUUGGAUGUUGUCUAUAGUAUCAUAGCCCCCAUAGGAAAAAAGGUGUCCCUAAGCAUCUAUUUCUUUAUGACAAAACCUUCACCGACCUGUUCCAUAGACUAUUUGAUUGUUAAUGAUGGACCAUCGAACUCUUCCGCCAUCUUGGGAACUUACUGUGGAUUUUUGGACGACCUACCUCCCCCACUGGUGUCUACUGGGAAUGUGAUGCUUCUCCAGUUCCACAGUGGGAAUAGUACUGGUUAUAAUGGAUUUUAUGCUGAAUAUGAGUUCGUGACAAGCUGAAUGACGCAACUGAUAGAGAAGCCAACAGUCUCUGCGAAACCAAGACAGGAAACGUUUUGGCAAAGACAAAGAAUGUUUUAGUUUUUUUUUGUAAGAAAAUGUAUUUAUAUAAAUAAAUUUUCUUGCAAAAUAAAUAAUAUUUUUAUU